UGGUCAUGACAGGACUUUUAUUGUGUAGUAGCAUUGACCACAGUAGUGCAGCUCUAACUCAUUUUUAACACAUUUAUUAUCGCUGGCUUCACAGAACCUACAACAACUAUGGCGGAGCCCUCCUUAAGUGGUCCAGGCUCUGAAGGAGCACAUGGAGUGGUCCAGCAUGAGGACAAAGACUUUGAUCCUUCAGCAGACAUGCUCAUACAUGACUUUGAUGACGAGCAAACAUUGGAAGAAGAGGAAAGGCUGGAGGGAGAGACCAACUUCAGUGCUGAAAUUGAUGACCUCACUCGAGAGGGUGAGAUGCCCAUUGAGGAGCUUCUGAAAUUGUAUGGCUACAGAACUGGUGGGUCUCCAGAGGAAGAGGAGGAGGAGGAGGAGGAGGAGGAGGAGGAGGAGGGAGACAUUCAAGAGGAGGAUCCUUCAGAGAAUAAUUGCAGCAGCCAUAGUAAACACAAAGAGCUUUCUGAUCAAGAGGAAGAGGACGUGCAGUCGUCUGGUGAGGAGCCUCCGUCCUGCAGUGUUUCUCACAGCACAGCUCAGCUCCUCUACCCUCGGCCAUCCAAUUACUUUAUAGGGGAUGAGGAAGAAUCUGAAGAUGAUGAUUAUAUUCCAUCUGAAGAUUGGAAGAAGGAGAUAAUGGUCGGUUCAAUGUAUCAAGCACAGACUCCUGCUGGCAUUUGCAAAUAUAAGGACAAUGAAAAAGUGUACGAGAAUGAUGAUCAGCUUUUGUGGAAUCCGGAGUUAAUUCCAGAAGAAAAGGUUGUUGAGUUUUUAGCCGAGGCUUCUAAAUGCAGCGAAGAGGAGACUGGUGUCCAUGCAGUUCCUGAAGGAUCUCACAUCAAAGACAAUGAACAGGCUCUUUAUGAAUUGUUUAAAUGCAACUUUAAUGCAGAAGAAGCUUUAAGAAGACUGAAAUUUAAUGUAAAGUCUACCAAAGAGGACAUUUCAGUUUGGACGGAAGAGGAGUGUCGAGGUUUUGAGCAAGGACUCAAGACUUACGGAAAAGAUUUUAACUCGAUACAAGCAAAUAAGGUGAGAACUAGAUCUGUAGGGGAAUGUGUGGCCUUUUAUUACAUGUGGAAGAAAUCUGAGCGUUAUGAUUUCUUUGCACAGCAAACCAAGCUUGGAAAAAGAAAAUACAGUCUUCGUCCUGGAGUUUUGGAUUAUAUGAAGUGUAUUUUGGAUGAGAAGGAGAGCUCUGAGUCCAGUGGAUCUUCAUCUUCACUUCCCAAAUCUUCCAACAACAGCAAACACCCAUCAGAGCUAGAGAGUGACUCAAAUGCACAGAAUGGUGUAGGGAGCCAUUCCUCUCAGCCACUUCUUUGUGUCACAGAUGAGAAAUCUCAGGCAAACGGUUCUUCCACGUGUCCAGAUAUUUCCACAGGAAAGUCAGCACCCUGCUCUAACCCUGAAGCCAGCAGCCUGAGCACACAAGUCAUGGAGAUCACAGUCAAACAGGAGGAGGAAGAUGAACGACCUCUCAAAAGGCUUAGGACUGACACCCUGUUUUUAGCAUAAAGGAAGCUGUGUGUGGGAAUUUCAGGGAUGCAAAUGAAGAAUAUUUCUGUCCUCUUACAUUACUGUCACUGGGCUCAGUUCAUAUCUCAAACACUCAUUACUGACUGUCAUAUCAGACAGUCAUCUCUGUAGCACUAUUUAUUAGUAGAGGUUAAGAUGAUUAAUGCUAUUGUGUUUUCUCUAGGUUGUUUGAAACAAAUAGCUGACUGUAUUUUUAUUGUGAAGCUUCUGUCAAUUAGUGUGCUUAACAUUGCUCUAGCUGUAACUUCACACUGUGGGAAAGCCCUCUAUAUGAAGUAUAAUACUGUAAAUAUUUGAAAUCUAAAAUAAUUAUAAAAUACGCUUUUGUGUUUGGAACAUUUUUAAUAAUUCAGGCGGUUGCAACACUGCAACAUUCCAUCCUUUUCAUUUCGGAAUUUCCUACUUGACCAAAGUGAAUGGUUGAUAUUGGUAUUUUAACACAAAAAGCAUUUUUAGAAGCUUUAUCCUCUUUAUAUGAAAAACUGACUUAUUUUUGUAUUUGAUAACUAUUUAUUUUUUUAAUCAGAUAUUGGUGAUGCAUGAGGCCAGUAUACAGAGUAUAUUUGUAUUAAGCCGGAGUGAGUGAUGUUGAAUUUAAAAGGCAAUGCGGAAAUGAUGGGUGCUAUUUAUUCAUUUUCUCACUGAUAAUGUCAACCCAUACCUAAGAUAGCAAUUUUAUUUUAUUUUUUUUUACAUUUUUGUAGGAGCUCUGUUAUUCCUGUCAAAAAUGGUAGAGUAAAAUGGGUUCUACAGUUUCCAUUAAUUCGUUUUUGUCCAUGUCUGCAUAGCUUAGGAAAAUCAGUACAGAAACAUUACAGGGUGUCAAAUAGAUGUCAAUUUCAAUUAGUGAACUACUCAUUCAUUAAACUCUGAUUAUUUACUCAAAUCCAUAGUCUUUUGUGAUUACUGUAAUGUUACCACAUUUUAGUGGAUUGGAUUGUACACUGAAUAAAUCUAUCAAGCUGUUCUUAUUUUGAA